GUCUUCGUACCAAACCAAAAUGGCUGUCAUUGUAGAUGGCAUUCAGUUGGUCACUUUUAAUUUUAGUCUUUUUGAUCAUAUGUAAUUCAUUAUUCAUGGUUUCAAUAUUUAUAUUUACAGCUGCAUCCUUUGGCAAGUCGCAACUGAAACCUCUUCUACCUUUAUUACAAAGUAUUCCAGACGAAUUCUUUCUUUUGGCAAAAAAUUCCAUGUUAAGUUUAACCACAGAUUUGCUCCCUUGAUCUUCAACGUCUGUUUUCUUGGCUGUUUUUUGCAUCUUAAGAGAAAUAUGCCUUGAACGUAGGUGGCUAUGGUGUCUGGAUUGUCAUAUUAAUUGCAGUGUCUGGAUUGUCAAUCAUUUCUUUAGGUGGCGAUUUGAGAAUGCUGAAGGAUAACAUAGUGAAGUGUAUUCCUCUGGGACAAUCUGUUGUUGGAAGGCUGUCACAGGAUAUUGUUGCUGCAUCAUCUAACCUCUCUGUAAGGUUCUGGUUGAAAUCUUGCCCAAAGAAUUGCUCGAAUGGAAGCUACAAAUGCGGAAAUCUGCUUCUGCAUAUGCCAACUCACAUCUCCAUGCCACAAAAGCUGAAGUGCUAUUACUUUGCAGUGGAAGAGAUCAAUUGUUUCCAAGUGAAGAGGAAGUUGAAGGACUACGCCAUGGACUCCCAAAUUGUGAGAUUUGAAGAUGGCAUUGAUUUGGUAACAAUCAUCAAGGGAACUAGCUUCUAUUGUUGUGGAAAAUACCAUGACUGUUGUCAGAUUACAUGCCACUUACACCUGCUGAAUUCAAGAAGUUAUAUGAAUCAAAUAGGUAAGCAUCUUUGGACAAAGCAUAUGUCAAUCAUGUACCAAAAGGCUAGAGACAUACCAGUUGUGUUCUGUCGUGAGUAGGGUGCAGAAUAACGAGAGCUUAUCGUUGUGUCAAGAAGAAGAGCUUAUUAGAUCAAAGAUUAAUUAGUGGAAUAUUGAUGACAAUCAAACCUGACACUUAUUGUGCUCAUCAUAGGAAUUUUAUAUAUGUUUGAAUUGCAGUGCCAUCACAUAUAAGUCUUGAUUCUGGAUUUCUCAACUGACUUGUUCCUAGAUAGAUGGUUAAAUGCUGCCCUUAGCCCUGUGAUGCUCUCAAGUCUCAACUACUGAGGAUGGGAAGGUGGCGAAGGGUCUUGCUUGGGUUCCAUUGGAGGGACCCGUCCUGUACGUUGGUUAUCACACGUUACUGGGACUAGAAGUUACUUGCUAUAUUGUUUAUUAAUUAAUUUUUCUAGGGUGAAGUAUACAAGUUAUUUUGGCCAGAAAAGUCCGAGAGUUUGUGAGGAUGGCUGCUAGAUUUGGAGCCAAAAUAGUAGCAUUUGGUGUUGUUGGAGCAGAUCAUUUUGCUGAAGUAAUUUUUAUUAUAAUGAUCAAAUGAAGAUACCUUACUUUAGGGAUUUUAUCGAAGAUUUGACAGAAGAGGCUGUGGUAUUGAGUUAUAUAUUCUGAUCGACUCUUAAAUUACAAAAUGCAAUCAAUGUCCAUUUGAUGAGCUCUCUGUAAUCUUGAAAUGAUAAGAAUGAAGGAGAUGGCGAGGUUUCAAACCAACAACUUUUCCAACCAUGACUGGCACCAAGGUUUCCAGGAAGAUAUUAUUUUUGCUUCGGGAAACCAAUUGAAACCCAAGGCAUGUACAUAUAUAGUCAGUUUACAUUAAUUUAUGGAGUAAUUUUUUUAUUUAUGGUUUGGCUCAUGGCUAGCUUUAAUUGAAAUGUU